AUGGGUUCCAAGGCAAUGGCAGUGGCGGCAGAGAAGAUCGGUACGGCGGUGCGGCGGCAAGCCGUUUCCUUAACCGACGGCGCUGCCUCUAGAAUACGCGUCUUGCUGCAGCAGCGUCAGAGACCAUUCUUAAAGCUCGGCGUGAAGGCUCGCGGUUGCAACGGCUUAUCUUAUACCCUAAAUUAUGCAGAUGAAAAAGGGAAAUUUGAUGAGUUGGUUGAGGAUAAGGGUGUUAAGAUAUUGAUUGAUCCCAAGGCUCUUAUGCAUGUUAUUGGAACCAAGAUGGAUUUCGUUGAUGAUAAACUCCGAUCUGAAUUCGUUUUCAUCAAUCCAAACUCCAAAGGCCAAUGUGGUUGUGGUGAAUCCUUCAUGACAACACCAAGUACCGGAGCCGCUAAGCAAGGAAAUGGUUGA